GGAGGCGGCUACAACGACACCUAUCCGCUGUCCCCGCCGCAGCGCAACGCCGAGGGCGUGCGCUAUCGCAUCGGCAUCAUCGCCGACCUGGACACGCGGUCGCGGGGCACACGGGACCACACCUGGUUCAGCUACCUGAAGAAGGGCUACCUGGUGCUGGCGGCCAGCGGGGACCGCGUGGCCGUGGAGUGGGACGCCGAGGACUGCGUGCUGGAGUCGCACCUGGCCGAGAAGGGCCGCGGCAUGGAGCUCUCCGACCUGGUCGUCUUCAACGGCAAGUUGUACGCUGUGGACGACCGCACCGGCGUGGUCUACCAGGUGGAGGGCACCAAGGUGGUGCCCUGGGUGAUCCUCUCGGACGGGGACGGCACCGUGGGCAAAGGCUUCAAGGCGGAGUGGCUGGCAGUGAAAGACGAGCACCUGUACGUGGGUGGCCUGGGCAAGGAGUGGACCACGACCACCGGGGAGGUGGUGAACGAGAACCCCGAGUGGGUGAAGGUGGUCGGCUACAAGGGGGACGUGGACCACGAGAACUGGGUCUCCAACUACAACGCACUGCGGGCAGCCGUGGGCAUCAGGCCCCCAGGCUACCUGAUCCACGAGUCAGCCUCUUGGAGCGACACGCUGCAGCGCUGGUUUUUCCUGCCACGCCGAGCCAGCCACGAGCACUACGACGAGAAGGAGGACGAGCACCGUGGCACCAACCUGCUGCUCAGCGCCACACAGGACUUCAGGGAUGUGGCCCUGCGGCACGUUGGCGACGUGGUGCCCACCCAUGGCUUCUCCGCCUUCAAGUUCAUCCCCGACACCGACGACCAGAUCAUCGUGGCCCUCAAGUCGGAGGAGGACCAGGGCAAGGUGGCCAGCUACAUCCUGGCCUUCACGCUGGACGGGCGCUUGCUUCUGCCCGAGACUCACAUUGGGGACGUGAAAUACGAGGGCAUCGAGUUUAUGUAGCAGAGACUUGCAACGGGACACAGGGCUGGGGCUGGGGCCGGAGCACUGCUCUUGGGCUCGGCAGGGCCAAGCCACUGGAGAGGCGCCGGGCCAGCUCCCGGCAUGCGGCUGGCCGGUGGCCCCAGGCUGGACCCGGGCGCCGCCUGGCAGAGGUUGGCACAUCCGGUAAAAGAGCCUGGCUGCAGUGGUGUGGCUCACAUGUGUCUCGGCGCUGACGCCUGGUGGCGAGGGACGGGCACUGCAGGCUGCCACGUGCUGCCCUGCUCCCUGGAGGGGGUUUGGGGCGUCUCGUGGCCCCAAGCAGGGCAGCGCAGGAGGGGGCGUCCCCUUUCCUGCCCGGCUGCGCUGCCCCUGGCUCCAAGCCCCGAGCUCUGGAGGGCGAGUGCCUCAGAGGCGCCUGCUUGCCGUGGCCCGCGGGGUGGGGGAACAGUCCUGAGUUGCCAUGCCUGUAGGUGAAGGCAGGCUGGCGUGCGCUUCGAGUGCCUGCCCAGCUUGGAUGGGAGCAUCCCUCCAGGGCAGCUCUGCCCCUGCCACGCCAUGUGCAGGCAGCUCUCCUGGAGGGGGAGGCGAGGGCUCUCCCUAAUCGUUCUGCCAGAGACCACCCUGGGCCGGCCGUGACCUGCCCGGCCUGGCUCCUGCCCCCCUUGGGCAGAAAGUCCCUCCUAGACCCCAGGAACAGGACUGCACCCUGGCCGCCCGGCUGGAUCCCAGCCUGGGCCCCACAAGGAAUGGGGGAAGCAUUUGCCUUUGGUUGCUGGGAUCCUUCAGCUUUUCUUCCCGCCCCUGCUACGCCACCGUGCCAGAGCUGCACCCACUCGAGAUGCUGCAAGCUCACUGCCCCCCUCCGCAUGGGGCAGGGGCAAGGCAGGCUCUGGGCCUGGGAUUGGAGCCCUGGGGCCAUGCUUCUGGGUAAUGGGCACCCUGGACUGCCCCUGUGAGCCGUGGCAUAUUGGUGCAUGGCAGUGGCUCACGUCUCGCUGCUGGGGGCUUGACAGGCUGUGUGGACUGCCACCUCGGCGCCAUGGUGCAACCGAGCGCCCAGCCCUGGCCUGCACGGCUCCAUCCUGUCAGGAGCCGGGAGACCCCAGGCGUAGGUGACAGGCUGAGCAACUCCACU